CUGUGCGCUCUUCGAGAACGAAGGGAAAAAGCACACACACACAAGCGCUGCCUAUUGGGCUCCCGUUGGGCCGUCGAGCGUGUGCGUGCGUGCGCCAGAGUGUGUGUUUGCGUUCGAGACGGACAGACGUCUCUUGUGGGCCUCCCAGCGCGAGUGUGCGUUUCUUGUGAUUUGGUAAAGAUGAAAAGAUAGCCGCACGGGCUGCGACGAACCGACGACGGAGCGUGUAUCACAAGCCGUAAUCUGUGCAGAACCGUGAAUUAGGAAGGCUGUGUGCGGUGUGUGCGUUUGUAAGGUCGGAUGUGGGGCCUACCAGUCGGCAGCAGCAAAACGUAACAGUCUAGCGAGCGCCUGGUCGAAGCAGGCGACGGAGUGUAAAGGACGUGCAGAGGCAGCACACCCACAGGGCACACUGUGUCACCGGGAGUGGUAACAGCUCCCGAGACCACGGGAACGGAACUUGAAAAAGAAAACCCAGCCACCGUCGUCAAACAGCUUUGUGCGGUCCCUGUGUGUACCGCCCGCAGUUGCGGAUAUCCGGAAAGCCCAGCUGUGUUCAUCGAGCCGUCGUGCGUGAGUUUGCGUGUGAGUGAUCAGUGAGACGUUUCGUUCUAUCGUUUUUGUUGUUGUUGUUGGCGAAACAAAAGACGGUGCCGAGUUUCGUUGCCUCGCAACACCACCCAUCCCCGAUCCCCCCCGGGGCCCAUCCAAUCUCGACAGUCAAACAGCGAACCCGCCAGCACUCAAUCUCACCGAGGCGAGCGAAUGCGAAACAUAUUUGUACUUGAUCUGACCCGAUCAGUCUUGUUCGUCGUGUUGGUGCGUUUGUGAUAUUGUGUUUCGCGAACUGCGAAAGUGUCAGUGAGUCAGAGGGAGGACACAAUGGUUCAUCGCUUUUAGAAAGAAAAAACACCGCGCUCUUUGCCGUUGUGUGCGUCUGUGCUGUGAUUUUCUGUGCGUGAACGACGAUCCAAACGCCCAGUGUCCCCCCAGUGUGUGUGUGUGUGGGUGUGUGUAAAACUAAUUAAACCCAUCAGCAAAGGAAUUCUGCUUGUGCAAGAGCGAGAUAGACAAAGCGCGCGUGUGUGUGUGUGUGUGUACGUGAAGGUAACAAAAAAAUCAUUUGGCGAAGCAGCAGCGAAGUUCCGAGAAGCGAGCUCCCGGCACCGCAAAACAAACGUUUUGACAGCGCGUGAGCGUGAGCAGAGGCAGCUAGUGAGCGCGCGCCGCCCGCCUCGUGAGCGAACGGCAAACGUCAGGCGUCAUUCUCACCGUCGUCGUCGUCGUCGCAGCGAAGCAGCACAGGCAGGGUCGUGUUAAAAUCUGUGUCCCCGUGUGUGUGUGUGUGUGUGCGUGUGUCCCUGUGCGUGUGAUUGUUAUACUACGGGAGCGCAGAGCGUGCAGACGACGGGGGGCCGCCGCUUUUGACCGUCAAAUAAGAGAAAGAAGAGAGCCAACAAAGGCAGGCCGUUUCAACACACGCGACUCAAACACACACACAACAGGCGCGUCCAGUUGCGGCGCGGUUACGCGAGCGAACGGUCGUUUGAAUGAACCGGCGGCAAUGGGAAUAAAGGCGAGCACCGCGAAUGGAGGACAGCAGAGUCCCCGGGCACGCACCUUCUCGACCAGCAGCAGCAGCGAUGUGGUGUCCGGCACCGCAGGCGCACCGUACGAAAUAUCGUCCGCUAAUCCCGAUCCCGAUAGUAGCUCGGCGGAAGAAAAUGCCGCGGCUAGUGCUCCGCUUGCUUUGGGAAGAGUGUACGCAACAUCACUACCUACUCAUAUCUGGUCAAUCAAUGGUAUAAAAUGUCCAGUAUGUAGCAAAUUUGUGACGCCUGACGACAUCGAGUGUCAUUUAGUAAUGUGCCUAACGAAGCCUCGCCUAUCAUAUAAUGAGGACUGUUUAACCGAUGCAAAGGGCGAGUGUGUCAUUUGCUUAGAGGAUCUAUCUCCUGGUGAUAUCAUUGCUAGACUUCCGUGCUUAUGCAUCUACCAUAAAGUAUGCAUCGACAAAUGGUUUGAAGUGAAUCGUAGCUGCCCGGAACAUCCGGGCGAUUAGUGGAAUUCCAAUUUGUAACGAAAAACAAACACAACAACAACAGCCGCAGCAGCAGCAGCAGCAGCAGCAGCAGCAGCAGUAGUAAUGAAUUUGCAAGAAACGAAACUUUAAACUGCAAGAAGCCGUCUACACCCCACGCCCCCUUCCCGGCCGGCCACCGAACAUCAUUUUUUUCUUAUUUUUAGGGGAAGGGGGAGAUACAGAGGGAGAGAGAGAGAGAGAGAUCGAAUGAACGAGGGGAUGAGCUCGAUUGUAUGUGUGUGCAUGCGCGCCUGAAAGGACAUUAAACGGAAUGGCGCGAAACAGGAAGGGAGGGAGAGGACGAGCGGAAUGAUGGAAUUAGUAGGCCGGUACGACGCCUCCCGGCAGCAGCAGCAGCAGCAACACGAGCGAGCAUGGUGACGGAUGGUGACGCAGCAUGCCGACGGUGGAAUGGAGCGGCAUCUUUCAGCACGUAACACUGCGGGACGUUCAAUGCUGUUGACGGUGUUUUUUGUUGUAGGUUAAUGUUUGUUAUUGAAACCCGUUUGUUAUUUGCGCAGAGCGUCCACAAGGUAGGGGAAGGGGGGGGGGGGGGUUAAGAGUAGAACGUCCCGUCCGAGACGGGAUGGGAGGAGGCAGGGGUUUCUUUUUUCCGUUCCGACUGUUCCCAGUUACAAUUUUUAUCGCCUCGGCCUCGGCUUUGACUAUUUUCCAAAUUACAUAAAAAAAAACAAACAAAAUACAAACACAAUUACACCUUACCGUUUGUUACGUAGCCCGAUCGGUUUUGCUUACCUUUCUUUUGCACACCGAGCACGCUUACAGCGCAACAAAACCCCAUUUGCUCAACGGACGAACAGUAGCGCAAAAUUGGACAUUUGAAUUCGCUUUUUUGCUUUGUUUUGGGUUUUUUUUUUAAAUUAAUAUUUUAUUUUGCUCUUCCCCUCCGUUAAUAAGCGCGUCAAAUUCAGUACGAAAACUAAGGAGGCAAUUUAAAUUGGCUUUGUUUUUUGUUGUAAUUUACCACCUCAUCGGUUUUCGAGCGAUGCCGACAAAAUCGUUUCGAAAGCUCUCAGCGGUCAGCGGCGGUGGUGCAGUACACCCCGUAACCAAGAUCUCUUCUUGUUCUGUGCAAGGCAAGGUUAAAAACUAAACGAAUCGAAAAACACGUAAAAAAAGGUGGAAACAUUCUCUCUGGCUCCCCAGAGCACGCUAUUUAGCCGGGCCCAAGGUAGAAAAGCGAAAAUAGGUGGCGCCCGCAAAAAGAAAACGAACAACAAAAAAAAAAAACAAAACAAAAACAAAUGCAGCAAAAAUGCAACACCCAACUAGCUAGUGACAUAUGUCAAAAAAAAAAAAAGAAGAGAAAGGAAGAGAAACAAUUAAAAACCCAUUAAAAUAUAGCUCUUGUACAUAAAGGCUCUAAUUAGUGUACAGCAGGACGGAUGAUUACAGCAGGACAGCAGGACGGAUGGCCUGAAUACGGACACAGACACACACACAGAAGAAACAGCAUGCCCAGAGUGUGUGUGCAAGGGGGUAUCGUUUGCCUGUUCAGCCGAGAAGCAAACAAAAAAAGAGAGAAAAGAAAACAGAGGAAAAGGCGGCAAGCAAUUUUUGGUACACAUUCAGAAGUAGUACGCGCGAAAUUGUGGAGCAAACGUGCCUGAAAGCAGCGAAUUGGGCAGAAUUGAUCCCCGCACACACACACACACACACACACACACACACACACACACACACACACACACACACACACACACACACA